AUGGAUGCAGACGAAUGCGAGAAAUGCCCUCAGGAUCAGUAUCCAAAUACGAAACAGGACCAGUGCAUUCCAAAACAUAUAACUUACUUAUCCUAUGAAGACCUGAUGGGAGCAGGCUUGGCUUCCAUUGCUGUUUUGCUUUUUGUGAUUGCAACUGUUGUGAUGGGGAUCUUCAGCAUACAUUGGAACACACCCAUUGUCAAAGCCAACAAUCGAAGCAUCACCUGGGUCCUGCUGUCCUCUCUGCUGCUCGGAUUUCUGUGCUCCUUCCUAUUCAUUGGCCGGCCUGGGACAGUGAACUGCCUUCUCCGGCAAACCCUGUUUGGCAUCAUCUUCACCAUUGCUGUGUCUUGCAUAUUGGCCAAAACCAUCACUGUGGUGGUUGCCUUUAUGGCCACCAAGCCAGGGAACAGGAUGAGGAAAUGGGUGGGGAAAAGACUGGCAAUGUCAGUCAUCAUUCCCUGUUGUUUAAUUCAAACUGGCAUCUGUGCUCUAUGGUUGGCAACUUCGCCCCCCUUCCCAGAGUUUGACACACACUCCCAAAUCAGCCAUAUCAUCAUACAGUGCAAUGAAGGCUCAGAUAUCAUGUUCUACCUUGUACUGGGCUACAUGGGUCUUCUGGCGACCAUCAGUUUCAUGGUGGCCUUCCUAGCCCGGACAUUGCCAGAUUCUUUCAAUGAAGCCAAGCUGAUCACCUUCAGCAUGCUGGUCUUCUGCAGUGUUUGGAUCUCCUUUGUCCCAACCUACCUGAGCACCAAGGGGAAGGACAUGGUGGCUGUGGAGAUCUUCUCCAUCUUGGCCUCUAGUGGAGGUUUACUGGCUUGUAUCUUCUUCCCCAAAUGCUACAUUAUUUUAGUUAGGCCUGAGCUGAACACCAGAGAGCAGAUAAUAAGGAAGGAAAGAAACAUCACACUUAACUCUUGA